GGUACUGCACUUGCCGACUCCUCUUUUACCCCUCCAUAUAGUGAUAGUCAUAGUAGGUUUCACCUAAAAAGUACUUGUCGAUUAGUCAGAAAAGAUAACGAUUGCGAUAGAGCAGUGUUGUCAUUAAAUGGCGGGCUAUUUCAGUGCAUCCCCCGCAAACAUGAGCAGCACAUGGGUGGGCAGAGCUCCAGAACCGGUCGAAAUGGAAAUGGUGACCGUAACCACACAGCCAGACUAUGGGGUGGUGGUGACCCAGAUACCCGUCUAUACCCUAAACGGAGUGGGGGCGGGCGCACUUCCGAUAGCUGUGGGCUCCAAGCCGAUGAGGGUCUGGUCCCAGUCUGGUCACGUCCCCCAUCCGCAAGACCCACCUGUGCGCUCUGACCUUGUAUAUGUGCUGCUGCUGGCCCUUCAUCUGCCUUCCCUACUUCAUCAACUACUGCAAGAGCAAAGACACUAGAAUAAUAAGAUGCGUAACGGCCAUACAUU